AUGCCGUCCAGACCCUUCCCGCCUCCCGGCACUGCCGCCGCCCACCGGCGGCCCACCUCCGCCCGAGUCCGCCUCCUUCUCGUCGCCCUCACCGUCUCCUUAUCCUCCCUCUUCCUCCUCGUCCUUCUGUUCCUGCUCUUAUACCUGUACUUCGCCCUGCUCGACCGGUCCCCUCCCACUCUCCCCUUUGACACCGGCGGCGCCACCGCCCCCUCGGUUCCGCCGCCGCUCCUCCGGCUCCGUCGCUUCUCGUACCGGGAGCUCAAGACCGCCACCGGCGACUUCGACGCGGCCCACUCCCUCGGCCGCGGCGGGUCCGGGUCCGUCUUCCGCGGGGUCCUCCCCGACGGGAAGACCGUCGCCGUGAAGCUUCUGGACCCGGCGGCGCCAGGCGGCGGUGCAUCCGCGGGGAUGGUGGCGGACCGGGAGUUCCAGAACGAGUUGCAGGUGCUGGGGGGGAUGCUAUCUUCUUCCUCCUUCGUCGUCUCCCUGCUGGGCUACUGCGUGGAGAAGAAGAGGAGGGUGCUGGUGUACGAGUACCUGGCCAACAGGAGCUUGCAGGAGGCGCUCUUCGGGGAUGGAUCGCCGGAGUUGGACUGGCGGAGCCGGUUCAAGAUCAUCCUCGACGUGGCGCAGGGGCUGGCCUUCCUCCACCAGGAAUGCGAUCCUCCGGUGAUCCACGGGGACAUUAAACCUGGCAAUGUACUGCUGGCGGCGGACUUCAGCGCCAAGAUCUCUGACUUCGGCCUCGCCAGGGUAAAGACCGACGGCGGCGGCGGCGCUGACCUGGGAGGGAUAGAGCUGUUCAGCCAGGAUCUGGGCCGCAGCGAGGAGCUCUGGAGGAGCCAGGAGACCCACCUUCAAGGAGGAUUCAACGGAGACUGUCCCAAGGUGAAGGAAUCAGCGGCCGGCGAGGAGGAGCUGGGCAGUGUUGACUUCAGCAGGGAGUUGACUGGGCACCCUUCGUCCUCGCCGAUUGACCCGGGUUCAGCCCGGAUGGGGAACGACUGGUGGUGGAGGCAGGAAGAUGGCGGCGGCGAGGAGAAGAGCAGGGACUAUGUGAGGGAGUGGAUUGGGAGCCAGAUUUGCUCUUCGAGGAAUCCCGACUGGGACGACGAAAAGAAGAGCUCCUCCUCCCCGAAGAAGUCCGAUGCCGGCGGCUGCUCUCUCCUGGCAGAGAAGCCGCACGAUCCAGAGGUGCCAGAGGCCGCAGCCGGCGCCUACGAGAAGAAACACAAGAAGAUGAGGGAGUGGUGGAAGGAGGAGUACUUCGGGGAAAUCAGCAAGAAGACGACGACCAGCACCACCGGCAGCCGGCGUUUCGCGUGGUUCCCCUCCGGCCGGAGCAGCCACGACGGCGACGACGCUGACAGCACCGCCGCCGCCGGCGACUGGAGGAAGGAGAGGGAGAAGGAGAAGAAGAAGAAGAAAAGGAGGAGGAAGAGGGGGAGGAGCUGCUCACCGAGGAGUGAGAUGUGGAGCGGGGACCUCCUCAGCAGGGAGCUAAGCAGCACGACCAGCAUGCGGGGGACGAUCUGCUACGUGGCACCGGAGUACGGGGGGAGCGGGUACCUGAUGGAGAAGGCGGAUAUAUACAGCUUCGGGGUGCUGAUCCUGGUCAUCGUCUCCGGGAGGAGGCCCCUCCAUGUUCUGGCCUCUCCCAUGAAGCUGGAGAAGGCCAAUCUGAUAAGCUGGUGCAGGCAGCUGGCGCAGGCGGGGAACGUGCUGGAGCUGGUCGACGAGAAGCUGAGCCAGUCGCCGGCCUACGACGAGCACCAGGUCUCCCUCUGCAUCAACCUCGCGCUGCUCUGCCUGCAGAGGGCCCCCGAGCUGAGGCCGGACAGCGGGGAGAUUGUUAAGAUCUUGAAAGGGGAUAUGGAGCUCCCACCUCUGCCCGUUGACUUCUCGCCGUCCCCGUCCUCCGCUCUCUUCGGCCGGCCACGGCGGAAGGCUACCUCCGAAGCAGUGUAG